AUUCGGAUUUUGAACUUCGCGGGUUGUGAAUUAAUGUCCGGGCAGAAACAUACAUAUACACGCGAAUACAGACAUCCGUGUUAUCACGCACAUAGUACAGCGUAAAAUAUACUUAUUGAAUAUUCGAGAAAUCGAAAUUUGGAGUACAUCAUAGCUUCAAACCAUUCAUCGAAAUUAUUCUGUUCAAGGUUAUUUUAUGUGCUUCGUAUUCCGAACAAGUACUUCUACAAAAAAUAAAGUCGUGCCAUCAUUACAAAUGCAACUAGGCAUAUAAGCUGCAUAUAUACGUACUGGAGUUAUCAUUUUAUACUAACGAUGACUAGUACCUGAUUCCACGAUAUCAGCUUACGUUGUAUUUUUAACGCGGAGCCGCGCAGGGCAUGGUUUGAAAAUAAUGAACACUGACGUGUCAUAUUGACGUAAUUAACGAUAGGAAUGGCAGUCUGCUAGAAUGUCCACGUAUGUGUUCACGUUUGGGGAUUUAACGAGUUGCCGACUAUGUGGAAGAUAACUAAACGUUAAAAAGUACGCAGGGAAAAGAGAAAAUGAAGGUAGCUUGUGCUAUUGCCGCUAUUUUGCUCCUUGCAUGGACAGUGCAAGCUGAAAAAGAGACAACAGAUACAAUAACAAAAAUUGAGGAGAAGCAAGAUGAUACAUCAGAGGUCACUUCCCAGGCUAAAUCCAAGGAGGAUUCGGAAGAAGAGAUUGUGACCGAAGAUUGGGAAACUAUUAUUGAGCAUUUAAGAGAAAUCACUGCUCUUCGUGAUACAAUAAGAUCAUUGCUGCCUCCUGCGGAUACUUACAUUGCUGGUAAAACUGGUAAACAGCAAAUAAGUAAGAGUGAUGACAGUGAUGAAGGAAUCAGUAAAGAAACAUUGACUUCAUGGACAAAAAAUUCAGAUUUACAAUCAAAAGGUGUGGAGAGUUUGCACUCUUCUACUGAGCAAAACCUCUCUGAAGAGGAAGAAGAAUUAGAAAAUUGGAGUGAAGAGAAACCCAUAGAGUCACUCCUUGAAAAAGAACCAGAACCAUUAACUCCUGAAGAACAAGAAGCGGAAGAUUUAUUCAAUCAAGCCAAAGGAUUUUUAAACGGAACUCGAGUUCAUAAAUCAGCAGCUUACAAAUUACUUGCUGCAGCUGCAACUUUAGGUCAUAAGGAAGCUCGUUCUAUGUGGGCAUGGGCUCAGUUACUUGGCACACAAGUGAGUUCCUCUUCAUCACGUUCUUCUAGUCAAGAUAUUCCAGCUGCUCUGCAGACUUUCAAAGAAUUGGCUGAUACUGGAUUACCUUCUGCUCAUACAGCUUUGGGAUUUUUUUAUGCAACUGGUCUUGGUGGAGUGAAUGCCUCACAAGCAAAAGCUCUUUUGCAUUAUACAUUUGGAGCUCUUGGAGGAGAUUAUCGCGCUCAAAUGAUCAUGGGCUAUCGUUAUUGGAGUGGAAUAACUGUGCAAGCUUCUUGCGAGAAAGCUCUAGAUUUUUAUAGAAAGGUUGCAAAUAAAGUUGCUGAUGAAGUAUCUUUGAGUGGUGGUCCAGCAGUGCAACGUGUCAGACUUUUGGAUGAAUAUGAAAAUCCUAAUUACAGUUCUGGUAUAUUUGAUCAAGAUCUGAUAGAAUAUUAUCAAUUACUUGCCGAAAAAGGUGACAUUCAAGCUCAAGUUGGAUUAGGGCAAUUGCAUUAUCAAGGUGGGAGAGGAGUGCCUAUUGAUCAUCAAAGAGCUUUACAUUAUUUUCAAAAUGCGGCUGAUGCUGGAAAUCCUGUUGCAAUGGCUUUCUUAGGAAAAAUAUACUUGGAAGGUAGUGAUAUAGUCAAACAAGAUAAUGAAACUGCCUUCAAGUACUUCAAGAAAGCUGCUGAUUUAGGAAAUCCUGUAGGACAAAGUGGAUUAGGAUUGAUGUACUUACAUGGUAAAGGAGUUGAUAAAGACCCUGCAAAGGCACUUCAUUAUUUUGGUCAAGCAGCAGAGCAAGGAUGGGUUGAUGGACAAUUACAAUUAGGAAAUAUGUAUUUCAGUGGUACAGGUGUACGACGUGAUUAUAAAUUGGCCAACAAAUACUUCAACUUGGCCAGUCAGUCAGGUCACGUUUUAGCCUUUUACAAUUUGGGUCAGAUGCACGCCAGCGGCACUGGUAUGAUGCGCAGCUGUCCAGCGGCUGUUGAAUUAUUUAAAAACGUUGCCGAGCGAGGAAAAUGGAGCGAUCAACUGAUGAUUGCUCACUCGGAUUAUCGAGAAGGCAGGGUCGAUGAGUCCUUUGUGUUAUACUAUUUGUUUGCUGAAAUGGGCUACGAAGUCGCUCAAAGCAACGCAGCUUUUAUUAUUGACCGGACUGAGACAAGCGUAUUCACUGAAGAAGAGGGACUUGUAAGAGCUCUUUCGCUAUGGGCUCGCGCUGCUUCCCAAGGAUACUCGGUCGCUCAGGUAAAACUCGGUGACGCCCAUUACUAUGGUCGAGGCACGAAGGUUGACUACGAGGUGGCGGCAAGUCACUAUCGCUCGGCUUCAGAACAGCAGCACAAUGCACAAGCGAUGUUCAAUCUAGGCUACAUGCAUGAACGCGGAUUGGGUUUGACAAAAGAUAAGCAUCUGGCAAAACGUUGUUACGAUUUGGCAGCUGAGACGAGUCCUGAUGCACGAAUUCCCGUAGCUUUGGCUCUCAUCAAGCUGUUUCUACUGUUUAGUUUAGAUUACGUACAAGAACUCAGUGUGUUUGAACAGUUCAGUAAGUGGGACGAGUCGUUGGUAGAGAACUGGGAUCUCUAUCUCAUUGGUAUCUUCACUGGUAUGCUAGGUUUGGUCUUCUACUUCAGAAGGCCUCAUCUGUUGCAGCAAGCUCAAAGAGCUCCGCCUGUGCAACCGGUUAAUUGAGUAACGCGAUGCGUUGUCUAUAGACUAUUGAACACUUUAUGCACAAACUCGACAGAGCCAUAUGGGACCAAGCUCAAAGUCGAGUCGUUCGUUUUUCAAGUGAGCUAGGAAUUGAAUGUUGUUUUGAGUUCAAAUUUUCAAAUGAUAUAUGUAUAAUUAGGACUGAAUGUUUUGGCGCGCAUAUACAAUACGGUUAGAAAAUUUCUUUUUCUUCAACAUUUACUCAACGAAAAAAAUUUAUAUCAAAAUUACUCAUGUUAUGGAAAUAAUGAGCUAAUGAUAUUGUUUGGUGUUGUGUAUGGAUGAAUCACUAUUUCACAAUAAUGCUUAAAUUUGUUUAUUCAGCUCUACCUAUAUUUCUUAAAUUUUUAAUUUGUUCGUAAUUAUAUCGAUUAAAUUUGUAAAUAGACAUACAGCAUGUAUAAAUCAUUUACUAUAUAGCAUAUCAGUACAGACUUCUAAUAAUGUACUAUGAUUGGAUUUAUGUGUAAUAGAAGAACGAUAAAUUUAAUUAAUCGAUGUAAAUAUUAACAGUGAAAAAUAUCUAGUGAAUGAAAGAUUUUUACUUUGUAUUAUUAUAUACGUUGUGUCAAUGACAAAUAUUUUAUUUUGGAGCAAUAAGUAGCGUGAACAUUGAACUUUUAUCAGUUAUUCAUAUUUAUCAAAGAAAAGACAAAUAGGAAAGAAAAUGUUCAUCUAAGUUAUAAUUUGACACUUUUGCAACAUUCUUUUCGAUUAUUUAAACGAGUUGUAAAAGUGCUUAUAUAAUAACUGUACAGAAGUAAGUAUAAACAACAUCAAACAUUUUUGUAAACAAUUGUUCUGCAUUAUUUGGAUUCUGAACUGCCUUUCGAGAAUAAAUGCUCAGCUUGUCAAGUCCAAUGAAUUUGUACUGGGAUAAGUAUUUUCGGUAGGAGGAGGAACUUCCAAUAUAAUUUUUAUAAAUCAUAAGCUGUAAUCGUACAUUAGUCACCUUAUUAGUUUACAUGAAUUUACGAUAGUUUUUAAAAUAUUAAACUUCUCUCGGUUUUUACCGAUAUAAUAAUAAAAAAUACUAAAUAAUCAUACAAACGCCAAUAAUAGCUGUUAACUUGUUGCGAACUAUUGCUGUGAUGUAAAAUAAAUUUGAAGUGAAACGUU